AGGUGGUACGAACAGCCCCCACCUGAAGAACCCUUCUUCAUCCUGAAAAUCGUAAUUCUCCACAUUAAUAUCAACAUGACAUUCAUUCGUCUAAAUCUCUAUGCGGCCCUUGUAGCAACUGUAGUUCAUGGAUGAGCUUUAGUAUUCCCCGGGAACGAAAAUGAGAUCAUACAAAAGUCUGCCCGGGGCAUGGCACACAGCGCGCAGGACUACAGCUGUGGUGACGAGAACGGUGUUGUUUGGUGGUGCUGGGAAGAUGAUUCUAUUCGGCGAUGGGCAGGGGUGGUCGAGUACGGUGAACAUCUUCGGGGCCGCCAUGAAGAUCGGAACAACGGUCGGCAAAAGGGAAAAAACCCGCAGCAAGAAGAGCCUGCUGUGGAACGAAAAAGAACACAAACAGCAGAACAAGCAGGAGACCGAGCACGAACACGGUGCGGGCAGCUCGCCGGCGGAGGGGUCGGUGGGACACUGCAAUACCAUGGAGUACUGCUAUCGCGAGCGUCAGGAUAUUUCUCCGGACGAGCCGCGGACGUCGGCGGACUGGGAGUACGACGAAUGCGUUCCAAUUGACUCUGCGAAGCGGGAGACGGAGUCGCACCCGUUCAUCAUGACACUGCAGACGGAUCCUAAUUUCACGCCGGAUGUCUAUUGCGAGGGGAAGGAGCUUGACCCUUUCUACACUGUGUGCGCGCCCUCGUGCAAUUUCGUCGACCUGAUGGCCGUGCGCAACGGGACUAAUCAAACCGCGGAGAAGCAGCUGGAGUACAACGCGUCAAAGCAAAACGACGGUGCCGGCGACGAUGGAAGUUGCUAAGUGUUUCUACUGUGAGCACGACAUGAAAAAGAGCACCGGUCUGUUUUGAAGUGCUACCAAUGGAGCUACUAACUAGAGUAACUUACUACUAGGGGUCGCUCCUCUAGGCGCAGGCAGGUCACUUAUACUGCUCGUUAUAGGUUUUCCAUCUUUAUUAUUUUCCGGAAAAUCAAAAUCUGGAAUACAACGUACAUGUAGUCCUUGUUUUUGUUGCAAGUACACAGUAUUAAUUUCCGCCCUGCUGCAUGUCUUUUCUUUCUACUGACAGCGAAAAUCCGUACUUAAGCAGUCUGAAUCUUCUGUGCAGUCGCAAUUCUUCGCGCUCCUAGCACGUCCUCGUUCUCCUGUUGCGGUGUUUCUUUC